AUGCCGGCCUGCUCGCAGGAGGGCCCAGAGGCUGGCGGGCACACGGGCUGUGUGAGUGUGGGAGACCAACUCUCCUCCAGACGUCUGGGAGCCUCAGCCACUGCAGGUCGGCGAGGCCAGCCCGCGGCGCUGCGACAGGCCACUGUCCCCAGGAAGCCCUAUGGCACAGAUGGGGACAAGCGUGUGGGCAGCCUCUCCCGAGUCCCGGGCCACGCCACCAGCCGCGCAGUCCCCCGCGCACGAGCAGGGCACGCCUGCGACACCCUAAGCGGCUCCUUCCCGCGCGAGGCGAGGCGUGCCCGGCCCCACGCGCUCUGCGGGCAGCAGUUCGCUUACCUGCAGCAGAGCGUCCGCAGACCCCCCGCCCGGAGACCCGCUCGGCGCAGCGCGGGGCCCCGCCCACGGGCCCUGGAAAACCACCGGCCCCAGAAUGCAGCGCGGCAGAGAGACCGGCGCGCGGGCCCGAGGCGGCGCGGGGCCUGCCGGGAGCUGCAGUCCGGGGAGGCGCGCGCGGGCGAAAGAGCCGGUUCCGGAGUCUCUGCGCCUCACGACUCACUUAUCUCCGCGGACGGCCCUCCGCUGCCGGGGCCGCCCGGGGACGGUCCGCAGUUCAGCCGAGGCCGCCGCGUCCCCGUGGCCGCCAGCCAGCUCGGACUGGUCGGGCUAAGACGGGCCGUCGUCCCUGACCGCGCUGCACUUCCGCCCCCAGUUCCGGUCCGCGGCGCGUGGUUCCGGGCGGAAACCGUUCCGCCGCAGCGGGCCCGCGCGCUCCGUUCCGGGCCGCACCCCGCCGCUCCCGCGGACCCCGAGCCCGCGGGCGGAAACCCGGGCUGCGAGCCGUGUCCUCCCCGACGCCGCGCCCGCGGUACCUGCGAUCCACGCCCCGCCCCGGGCCCGGGCCGCCGGGGUUCCCGUUCCGCCUCCCCCGCGAAGGGCUCCUCGGCCGGGUCCGCGGCGGUCGCGGGCAGCGUGCGGGGUCUGCGCCGGCCCCGCGCCCGCCCCGCCGCCCGCGCCGCCGGACACCGGGUCUGGCCGAGCCCAGCCGGCCGCGCGCUCGCGGAGGGCCGGCCGGAGGCGUGGACACGCGUGUCCCCCGAACGGCCCCCGAGAGGCGUCCUCGCACGUCCCCGCUUCUCAGAAGGACGGGUGGGCGGCCGGCGGCCUUCCCGCAGCCAGGAGCGCCGCCCGCGUCCCCGGCGGCCGCCGUCCGAGAGCGGAGAAGGCCGGGACGAUGAGGCAGGACCCAAGGCUCGGGGCCCCCGGGGUCAGAGCCGGGGCCCGCGGGGUCAGAGCCGGAGCCGGGGCCCCCGGGGUCAGAGCCGGAGCCGGGGCCCCCGGGGUCAGAGCCGGAGCCGGGCCCCGCGCUGCCGGCCGCCCUCACGCGCGGGGCUGCCCAGCCUGCCGUCCGUUGUAGCUUAGCAAGGCCACUGGACCCAAGUGUGAAAGUGCGAGGAAACGGACACCGAGGCUGACCACACGCAGCCCCGCUCAGCAGACACAGGGACCUCGGCCCGGUCAACAAAUCCGGAUUGAGAGUCUGUUCCUGCAGGUCUGUGGGUCACCUGCGGUGGGGCAGGCCCUGUGUGGGCCACAGAACAGAUGUCAACCAGCCCCACGCCCGCCAUGGGCGCACCCGGACCUCCACAUCUGGGCCUGCUCCAGCUGGACUCGGAUCCUUAAGUCUGUCCGGGUCUCGCCCCUUUCUGGGCCUCCCUCACCCCCUGCAGGCUCCUGAGGUUUCCCAGUUUUAGUCCUGGCCCAAGGACCUAGUUGCUUACGGAGCAAGCAUUUCUCUUGACCUCUGUGGUUCUGUCCCUUAAAUGGAAAUGACGCUCGGUCCAUUUCACUUCCCAAGGCCAGAGUGAGAGAGAGGGUCACUGCAGGAAAAGGGCCCACCAUCUGCAAAGCUCUCCCACGGGGGAUAUCAACCUGCUCUCCAGGCCCAGAGAGGAGGGAGUCAUGACCCCUGCACACUCACCAACUCUCUCUCCUCACCUGGAGACGGGCGUUAUGGCUGUAUCUUGCCCAGAGAAACAGAGCCACGGAGAAGUCAGAAACCUGCUCCCAGUCGCACAGCAAAAUUGACUCGUCCUUUGGGGUGCUCCUUGGAGGCCUUCCCGACCAGUUCCUACCCCACUGUCUAUGACGUGCUUUCCCCUCAGCACGGACCUGGGCGCACAGAACGCCCCUCCCAGGCUUCAGAGGCUUUAAUGAAGAGCUCUCCAGCCCCAGCCUGAUGUGGGGGCCUCUCCUCUCCGGCCGUGCGGACCCUGGGGAAUGGGGCAUGUCUCCACAUACCCCCAAGCCUGCACAAAGCCAAGCUGGGGCAGCGAGUCCCAAGAGGUAAGCAGGGAGUGCAUGGGCGUGGGCUGCAGUGUCCCACCCCAGGUCCCAGGCUGGUCUCUGCCCUCCCACCGUGCCCUCCCCUCCCUCUGACGGCUGCAAGCCCCUCCCACAGCCCCCCA